CAGGACGCCAGGGGGCGUCACACUGUCUCCUCGUGUAACUGCGACAGAGGUGAAAGGUUGUGAGUCUGACAGCGCCACAUGCAUGAUGUUGUGUUGUUGAUGCUGGACAUUUAAAAGCUUUUACCGCUUCAAGCUGUUUCUUCUCGGUGUUUUGCAGCCUCAGGCUCGGUGUGUUGUCAGUCUGUCCUGAGGUGAAAUGCGGAACUUGAAGCUGCUGAAGAGCCUACGGAGCUCGGAGCUGCAGGGUCCAGGCUCCCCACAGUGUUUCGCUGUGCGGGCUGACACCGGCUCGCUGCUGGUCGCUUCUCACUACUCCAUCACAGAGUACGACCCCCGAACUGGCCAGGUGGUCACCGAGGCCUCGCUGACAGCCGAGGGUUUCCUCCCGGAGGAUGGCAGCGGAGUGGUGGUCGGCCUCCAGGAUCUGGCUGAACUGGAGUCGGCAUGUUUGGCCACGGCUGGUGGCGACGUCGUCCUCUUCAACCUCAACACCAGCCAGUUGGAGUGCUUUGGCAGUGUGGACAGCGGCCUGACCUCCAUGAGUUGGAGUCCUGAUGAAGAGCUUGUUGUUCUCACUACUGGUCAGGAAACGAUUAUCAUGAUGACCAAAGACUUUGAGCCGAUCACUGAGGUCGGAAUCCACCAGGAUGACUUUGGUGAAGGGAAGUUCAUCACUGUGGGUUGGGGAAAAAAGGAGACUCAGUUCCACGGCUCAGAGGGGAAACAGGCAGCACAGAGGAAGGUCCAGGAGGUGCAGCCGGCCGCAGCCUGGGACGACCGCAGGCCGAGGGUGACGUGGCGAGGUGAUGGUCAGCUGUUUGCUGUCAGUGCCAUAUGUCUUCAGACCGGGGCCAGGAAGGUCCGCGUCUGGAACAGAGAGGGCGUCCUGCAGGCCACCAGCGAGCCCAUCAAUGGCCUGGAGCAGGCGCUCUGCUGGAAACCGUCAGGCAGCCUGAUAGCGAGCACCCAGCGUCAUCCCAACAAACACAGUGUGGUUUUCAUGGAGAAGAAUGGACUGCUGCAUGGAGACUUCACCCUCCCAUUCAGCAAAGACCAGUCCAAGGUGAAGGAUCUGCUGUGGAACAGUGACUCCACUAUUUUAGCAGUUUGGUUGGAGGACAUGUCUGCUGGAGAAGACAAACAAGUCAACACUUACAUCCAGCUGUGGAUGGUGGGCAACUACCACUGGUACCUGAAGCAGAGUCUGGACUUUGGCAGAGACUCUCAGAAGGCUCCGGCCUGUGUCUGCUGGGACCCUGAGCGCCCCUUAAGGCUCCACGUGAUGACCCGCAGCUGGACCAGCAUCACCUACGACUGGGGCUAUACCACUGAGAGGAGCCCCGGGCUGGACGCUGCCGACAACGCCAACGUGGCCGUGAUAGAUGGAGAUAAGAUCCUGGUGACGACCUUCAGACAGUGUGUGGUUCCUCCUCCCAUGUGUUCGUUUGAGCUGCAGCUGGCCUCACCUGUCAACCAGGUGACCUUCCUCUGCCAGCCUCAGAGGACCAAUCAGCUGGCAGCGUUGACGUCUGACGGACAGAUCUCAGUCUACAGCCAAGAUUCAGAAAAACAGGCCGACAAAACAGCAAAUGGGUUCCGCACUAUGUCUCGUCCCCUGGUCCUCCAGAAAUCCCUCAGAGUGACGGUUCUCCAGGAGGAGCCUCUGGCCCUGCGGCAGCUGCUGUGGCUGGAGGACGAGUUGUUUGUGGGCGUGAGCUGCGGUCUGCUACCGACCUCUUCCACCAUCCUGAUGCUCCGCCCAUCUCAAGAUGCUGACGACACACUCACCGUCAGGUCUGAGACGGAAGUGGACGGUGUUGUGGUCAGCAUGGUUCACUGCUCCCAGACUGGCACUGUGGCACUGCAGCUGGAGGAUGGACAGAUCAGGAAGCUGCUCUGGGACUGUCCUGAACCGUCUGUGGAGGAUUGGCGAGACUCCAGCGGAUGUAGCAUCAACUUCCCUGUCCUCUGCGUUCAGACAGCCCUCUGCAGCAUCAGUGGGGAGGAAUGUCUGCUGGGCCUGACGGACAGAUCCCACCUGUACGCUGGAGACACAGAGCUGGCCUCCAAUAUUUCCUCCUUUGCCGUCUGCAACGACUUCCUCCUCAUCACCACACACUCCCACACCUGCCGCUGCCUCCAGCUGAGCAUGCUCAGUGUCAAAGGGCUGCAGGUGGCUUUGGCCUCAGAUGGAGGUCAGAAUGAUGAGACUCUGCGGCGGGUAGAGAGAGGAUCCAGGAUCGUCACCGUGGUCCCACAAGACACUAGAGUGAUUCUACAGACAAGAUGUUGUCCUCACACCACCUGCAUUGUAAAUUCCAUACUAAGCACAAAUGGGCAAACGUUCUUUCUGCCCAUACUGACGGCUCAUGUGAAGAAGACGGUUCCAGAGCUGGAGAUCGCACUGCAGAGAGUCCACGAGCUUCGAGUGAACCCUCCUGAAGCUCCCGGUGCUGUAAGCGCUGAAGAGGCGUUGAAGUACCUCCUCUUCCUCGUUAACGUGAACGACCUGUACGAUCACUCUCUGGGAACGUACGACUUUGAUCUCGUGCUCAUGGUGGCCGAGAAAUCUCAGAAGGACCCCAAAGAGUACCUUCCCUUCUUAAACAUGCUGAAGAGCCUGGAGCCAAACUACCAGCGCUACACCAUCGACAAGCACCUGAAACGCUACAGGAAGGCCCUGCAUCACCUCAGCAAGUGUGGAGAGGAACAUUUCCUGGAAGCUCUGCAGCUCGUGAAGGAGCAGAAACUCUACAGUGAAGCUCUGCGACUGUACACCGCAGACAGUCCUCACUACAAGGCUCUGAGCUGUGCUUAUGCCCAGCACCUGGUGGAGCAGCAACAGGCGGAGCAGGCCGGCCUGUUGCUAUGGCGAUGCAGAGAACCAGCCGGCGCCCUUCAGGCGUUCGCUAGCAGCUCCAGCUGGAGAAACGCCAUCUGUGUGGCGCAGCAAAUCCCGCUACCGCCAGACCAGUUGGCUCUGCUGGCCAGAGACUUUCUAGAGAAGCUGACCGAACAGCGACGGUACUCAGAAGCUGCUCUGCUGUUGGACCAGUACGCCAAAGACUGUGAGGAAGCCAUCUUGGCUCUGAUCACUGGUGCAGUCUGGGAGGAGGCGCUUCGAUUGAUUUACAUGCACAACAGACAGGACAUCACUGAAACCAACCUCAAACCUGCGCUGUUGGAGGCUGUCAGCACCCAGACCGCCUUCCUGGAGGCUCAAGUAGCAACGUUCACACGGCACAGGGCCCGCCUGGCUGUGGUUCGAGAGCAGAAAGAGAAGGCCAGACUGGACAUGCUGGAUGAGGAUUGUCCAGACUGCCCUGAUGCCGAGCUGUACUCUGAAGCCAGCAGUGUGAUGACCGGCUCCAAAUACUCCCACAGUAACUCCCGCAUCUCCUCGAGAUCAUCAAAGAACCGCCGCAAAGCAGAGCGGAAGAAGCUGAGUCUGAAGGAAGGAAGCCCGAUGGAGGACAGAGCGCUGAUGUACGCUCUGGGCGAGAUCAUCACCACCGUGGACAAGAUGAGGGAGGAAGUGCACAACCUGCUGAAGGCCCUGGUGCUCUUCCAGUUUGACAAACAGGCGGAGAAGCUGCAGCUGGCCUACGAGGAGGCUCUGCAGACGAUGGAGGCGGCGGUUCCUGAGGUGUGGCCCGAAGGCCUGCAGAACAGUCAAGCUCCGCUCACGGGGCCAAACUCGACUGCAAACAGCAUCAUGGCUUCCUUCCAGCAGCAGCAGAGACCUGCAGCCUCACAGCAAGCUGCCGAGGUCCUGGCGCCACCCAAGAUGAGAAACGGGGUCAAGUGGAAGCUCACUGUUCUAACGUGAACUAGUUUAGUUUUUAGUUUUUUAACUGUAAAGUAAAAAUGGUAAUUAUGUAACAAAUAAAGAUUCAAUUAAUGUCUCCUCAAA